UUUCCUGGGGGCGGGGCUCAUGCAAGCAGGGCGGGGCGUCGGGGCUUCUUCACUAGCUGGCGUUUCCGAGGCCCGCAGCCACCUAGCGACCUCUUUUCUUGGAACGCGAGGCGCGGGAGGUCCCGUCCAUGGACCGAUCCGCGGUGGCGAGGGUGGGCGCGGUAGCGAGCGCCAGCGUGUGCGCCGUCGUGGCGGGGGCGGUGUUGGCCCAGUACAUUUUCACCUUGAAGAGAAAGACGGGCCGGAAGACCAAGAUCAUCGAGAUGAUGCCAGAAUUCCAGAAAAAUUCAGUUCGCAUCAAGAAUCCUACAAGAGUAGAAGAAAUUAUCUGCGGUCUUAUCAAAGGAGGAGCUGCCAAACUUCAGAUAAUAACAGACUUUGAUAUGACACUAAGUCGAUUUUCCUACAGAGGGAAAAGAUGCCCAUCAUGUCAUAAUGUCAUUGACAACUGUAAGCUAAUUACAGAUGAAUGUCGAGAAAAGUUACUGCAACUAAAGGAAAAGUAUUAUGCUAUUGAAAUUGAUCCUGUUCUUACUGUAGAAGAGAAGUACCCUUAUAUAGUAGAGUGGUAUACUAAAUCACAUGGUUUGCUUGUUGAACAGGCUUUACCAAAAGCCAAACUUAAAGAAAUUGUGGAAGAAUCUGACAUUAUGCUCAAGGAAGGAUAUGAGAAUUUCUUUGAUAAGCUGCAACAGUACAGUAUUCCUGUGUUCAUAUUCUCAGCUGGUAUCGGUGAUGUACUAGAGGAGGUUAUCCGUCAAGCUGGUGUUUAUUAUCCAAAUGUCAAAGUAGUGUCCAACUUCAUGGAUUUUGAUGACAAUGGGCUGCUCAGAGGAUUUAAAGGAGAACUAAUUCAUGUGUUUAACAAACAUGAUGGAUCCUUGAAGAAUACGGAAUAUUUCAAUCAACUAAAAAACAAUAGCAACAUAAUUCUGCUGGGAGACUCCCAAGGGGACUUAAAAAUGGCAGAUGGAGUAGCCAAUGUUGAACACCUUCUGAAAAUUGGAUAUCUAAAUGAUAGAGUGGAUGAGCUUUUAGAAAAGUACAUGGACUCUUAUGAUAUUGUUCUAGUAAAAGAUGAAUCAUUGGAUGUAGCCAACUCUAUCUUACAGAAGAUUCUAUAAACAAGCAUUCUUCAAGAAGACCUCUCACCUGUGGGUACAAUUGAUGCAAGAGCUGCUCAUCUGUUCAUCUUGUUAAAAGAUUUUAUUUAUAAUAUAUUCUUGAUCUUGAAGUUUUUCCUCUAUAUUACUGAAGUAUUUUCAGAUUUAUUGAAUCCAUCAACUGGAAGCUCCUUUUUCUCCAUCUCUCUCAACACACUCCUCACUAUAUUUUUUAACAGAUUAAAAAAAAACUUAGAGCAAAAAUUUGAAGAAUAACUCCCUACAUUUCCAUAGUGAAUUUUGUAGCUUAAUGUUAUUAUGACAUUUUUGAGAAGUCUUUUUACAUUGGGAAAGUUUGUAGAUGUUUAAAAAGUUUUAUGAAAUGGUGAAAUAACGUGCAUGAUUUUAAGUGUUGUCAUUUUUAUAAUUUGGGUGAAUUAUGCUGAUGGUAUUAACCAUCUCCUAAAAUUGUGUUACAUUUGGUUAUUUUGUUUGGUGAAAAUCGAUAUUUACCAAAAAAUAUUGGCAUUUGAUGUUUGAAAAAGAAUCUAUUGGUAUCUACAUGCCACUAAUCAUUACAAAAUGUUCUAUAUUGAAGCACUGAUGAUAAAAAUGAAAUGAAAAGCC